AUGUUAAACUUAUUGAGACAACCUGUUGGUUCGGGUGUCAUAAUACGAAGCACUAAGCGUCAGAUAGCGCAAAAUAUCAAAUGUUCCAUCAAAAAGAGACAAUUUUCCACGCAGCAAUAUCAAAUUCGUAGUUCGAAUUUUAUAAGGGGUGGUCUUAUUGGUUUAGGAGGCGCAACCAUAACAACUAUACUACUUCGGUCAACGGUACUUAAUGAUAUUGCACCUAUAGAUACGACGAUUCACGAAUUAAACCCCGUAAAAGGAGCAGAAACUUAUGAAAAUGGACUUUAUGAAGCAUCCCAAAGAGAAGAAAUCGAACAAUAUAAUGAUUAUCGCCAUAGCAAAGUACGCACGGGAAAUAAGCUAAAGCAGAUAUUCUACUACAUCAAAUUUUCUAUCGAUGACUAUUUAAUUGAUCCAAUAAUUACUUUUGGAAGGUUUCUAGAAUUAUCCUUCCUUUUCGUUCCUGUGUUAAUCAGUUGUCCUAUUUGCUGGUUUGGGCACAAAGAUAGAUCCACUGGAGAGAAUAUUAGAUCGGGAGCUAAGCUCUGGUAUAGAUAUUUAAGAUGGUCGACUGAAAAGGCAGGGGCAUCAUUUAUUAAGCUAGGCCAGUGGGCUGCAUCAAGAACAGACAUUUUCUCAAAAGAAAUGUGUGACGAAUUAAGCAAUUUGCAUUCAAACGCAAAAGCUCAUUCACUAAAAGAUACAAUUAAAAUUGUGAGUAAGAGUUUUGAAGAUUUACCUUUCGAUGAAAUAUUUGAUGAAUUUAAUGAGAAGCCUGUUGGUGUGGGAGCCAUUGCUCAAGUUUAUACCGGGAAGUUAUCUAAUAAAGCAUUGAAUAAGGUUAGAUCCGGUGGUGACUUGGAAGAAAAGGUAAAUCAACCCAGCAAAAGUAAACAAUUCUUAGAUAAUAUAUUGGUUACAGAACAUGGUGAUCCGUUGACGGCAAAUCAGUUCGUUGCAAUUAAAGUUUUGCACCCUAAUGUUGAGAUAAAAAUUAAUAGAGACUUGAAAAUAAUGAAGUUCUUCGCAAACCUGAUUAAUAUGAUUCCAACAAUGGAAUGGUUAUCAUUACCAGAUGAAGUUGAACAAUUUUCCAUUCUAAUGAGAUUACAAUUGGAUCUUAGAAUCGAAGGUUUAAAUUUAGCAAGAUUUAGAAAUAACUUUAAAAAGAGAUUAGACAUCCAUUUCCCUAAACCUUACUUGAAUUUUACCACUAGGGAUGUGCUUGUUGAAGAAUAUAUACAUGCCAUACCCAUGAGCAAGCUUCUAUCAUUGAGUGAUAAUUAUGGAAAGAACUUGUCAAAGGAAGUCAGUGAUAAAGGUUUAGAUGCUUUUUUGAAAAUGUUAAUUCUUGAUAACUUCGUACAUGCUGAUUUGCAUCCUGGUAAUAUGAUGAUUCGUUUCUAUAAGAAUGAGAUGUUCAAACAUGAAAGAGAAUACAAGAUCGUGAAGUCAAGUAACGAACAUGAAACGAAUAAAAUAACCAAUGAAUUACUAAGCUUAGGUGAAGAUAAUGAAAAAUGGUGCAGCAGAUUAUCUGAAUUGUACGAAGAUGGUUAUCACGCAGAAAUAUGUUUCCUAGAUGUUGGUUUAAUUACUGAAUUGAAUCACCACGAUAGAAUAAAUUUUAUCGAUUUAUUUAGAGCGUUAUCUGAGUUUGAUGGUUACAAGGCAGGUGAAUUGAUGGUUGAGAGAUCUAGGACUCCUGAAACUGUAAUAGACAAAGAAAUAUUUGCGUUGAAGGUUGACAAAUUAGUUGGUACUAUGAAGGAGAGAACAUUCACGUUAGGUAACAUCAGUAUCGGAGAUUUAUUGGAUAAAGUUUUAGGCAUGGUUAGAACUCAUCAUGUUAGAAUGGAAGGCGAUUUCAUUACUGUUAUUGUUGCUAUACUUUUAUUGGAGGGAAUUGGUAGACAAUUGUACCCAGAUUUAGAUUUAUUUGCAAGGUUCGUAUAUGCUUUACUAUUCGGAUUCCCCACUGAAAAUGAAGUUGGUAUAUCUUUCAUUUGA